AGCCGGCGGCGGGCGCGGAGGGGAGAGGCCGGGCCCGUUCGUCUCAGCGUCCCCUGCGGGCACCGACCACCCUUCCCGCCUCCGCCCCGCGGCAACCCUCCUCUCAGAAACACCCUUUGAUCCUAUUUUGGCCUUUUUUGGUUUUUUUUUUUCCCUCACCUCCUCUUUGUUAAGUUUUUUCAUCUCCAUCCCGGCACUUCCGGCUGUUUUCCGGGCCGUUUCCGGGUGCCUCAGGCUCCUCUUCCGGCUGAGAGGAGGGCGAUGCUGGCGGCGGCGGCGGCGGGGCCCGCUCCGGGCGGCUCGGAGCACGGUGGGGACCGCUUCAGCGUCCUGACGUGGGAGCAGGUGCAGCGGCUAGAUCAGAUCCUGGGCGAGGCCGUACCCAUCCACGGCCGCGGGAACUUCCCCACGCUCUCCGUGCGGCCCCGCACCAUCGUCCAGGUUGUUCGUAGUCGUCUGGAGAAGAAAGGAAUUGCAGUCCAUAAUGUUAGGUUGAAUGGAUCAGCAGCUAGUCACGUGCUACAUCAGGACAGUGGCUUGGGGUACAAAGACCUAGAUCUUAUCUUCGGUGUAGAUCUAAAGACUGAAGAUGUCUUCCAGCUUGUUAAAGAUGUGGUCAUGGACUGCCUUCUAGACUUCCUUCCAGAAGGAGUGAACAAAGACAAGAUCACCCCCAUGACUCUGAAGGAGGCCUAUGUGCAGAAGCUUGUGAAGGUGUGCAAUGAAACCGACCGCUGGAGCCUCAUCUCGCUCUCCAACAACAGCGGAAAGAAUGUGGAACUCAAAUUUGUGGACUCUCUCAGACGGCAGUUCGAGUUCAGCGUGGACUCCUUCCAGAUCAUCCUGGAUUCGCUUCUGCUGUUUGGGGAGUGUUCAGAGAACCCCAUGGCGGAGAACUUCCACCCCACGGUUACCGGGGAGAGCAUGUAUGGGGACUUUGAGGAGGCAAUGGACCAUCUCCGGAACAGGGUCAUCGCCACAAGGAACCCAGAGGAGAUCAGAGGUGGGGGGCUUCUGAAAUACUGCAACCUCUUGGUGAGGGGGUUUAAGCCCAAGUCGGAAGUGGAUAUGAAGGCACUACAGAGAUACAUGUGCUCCAGGUUUUUCAUAGACUUCUCUGACAUCGGUGAGCAGCAGAGGAAGCUGGAGUGCUAUCUUCAGAGCCACUUUGUUGGGAUGGAGAGCAAAAGAUAUGACUAUUUGAUGACCCUCCACAGGGUGGUCAAUGAGAGCACAGUCUGUCUUAUGGGACACGAAAGGAGGCAGACCCUGAACCUCAUUGCCAUGCUGGCUGUGAGAGUCCUGGCUGAGCAGAACAUCAUCCCCACGGUCACAAACGUUACCUGCUACUACCAGCCAGCUCCUUACAUCAGUGAAAUAAACUUCAACUACUACGUCACCCACGUGCAACCCUUCCUGCCUUGCAAUCAGUCCUACCCAACGUGGCUUCCCUGUAACUGAGCCAGGACAAACUUCAGGGUCUGUCCUCCAAGGUAUUUCCUUGCCUUGGGGGGAGGAUGGGGAGGAGGGGGGAAAAGAAUACAAAAAAAAAAAAACCAAACCACCACCUUCCUAGAACUGCAACAAAAAGGAAACUUCCUGGGCUCUUUGAGUGUCUUGUUCCUGGGAUUGUUGGAACGAGACCUGUCUGCUGUACACUGUGAUGGGAAGUGCAGUGUUAUGGAAACUAGGAUGACUUGGACGUUUACGGAAAGACUCGAUCGCUUUAUUGAA